GACAUAUCGCAGCGAGCGCACUCUGCUUAGCUAACUUACACCAUGGAACCACCUUGGCGACCUUCCACGCUUCACAUCCCACGAGGUCAUCAGCAAGUAUGGAGCGACCCCUGCAUCAGCGGUCUAUGUUUAUACAGACCGAGACAACGCCGAAUGAUGACUCGCUGAAAUUCAUACCCGGCGUGGCUGUCAUGGAAGAAGGGACAGCAGAGUUUAUGGAUACAAAAUCGGCGCUGAAGUCACCUCUUGCCAUCCGUCUUAUGGGAAUCGAGGGUGUUACCUCGGUGUUUUACGGUCCCGACUUCGUCACUGUGUCUAAAGACUCUGAAACAUCCUGGUCGGUCGUUAAGCCCGAGAUAUACUCUAUCCUGAUGGAGUUCUUCUCCUCCGAGCAACCACUUUUCCGUUCACAAGAAGACCGAGACUCGGCGGGACCCCAGGACACUCGCAUCCUGGACACAGACUCAGAAACUGUCGCCAUGAUCAAAGAGCUGCUCGAGACUCGAGUACGACCGGCGAUCAUGGAGGACGGCGGAGAUAUAGAAUACCGCACCUUUACGGACGACGGCAUUGUUCAAGUGAAGCUCAAGGGAAGUUGCAGAGGCUGCUCUUCAAGCACCGUUACUCUGAAAACUGGCAUUGAGCGAAUGAUGAUGCACUACAUUCCAGAAGUAAAGGGCGUGGAGGAGGUUGUUGAUCAGGAGCAGGCUAUUGCAUUAGAAGAGUUUGAGAAGUUGGAGAAACGACUAGGGCACGAGCCCGAGCCCUCGAACGGGAAGAAGGACUCACCGAUGGCCCAGUAUAUGUCUGUAUGAUCACGACUUAUCACACAACUCACGAUUACUGUUCUAUAAUAAAUACGAGUCGCGAUGCGGGGC